AUGUCUGCCACAAUAUACCCCCGACAAACCACCAAUGCGCCUAGUGCCGACCUUUCUCCUUCCGAGCAGGUCCUCCAGCUCAUGUCCAAUCCUUUCCAGGCAUCGCUACAAACAAAUGCCUUCUGGGCCUCCCUCGCGACCUCCCUGGGCGUCAGUGCUGGCCUCGCCCUUCUCUUUUGCUUCAUUCGUCCUCGACAUGCACUUGUAUAUGCCCCGAGACUGAAAAACUCCGAUAAACAACAUGCUCCCCCUCCCCUCGGAAAGGGGCUGUUUAGCUGGGUCAAACCUGUCAAUAAAGCCACCGACGACUUUCUAAUGGAGAAGCUUGGUCUCGAUGCUGUCGUCUUCCUGCGAUUCACCCGAAUGUUGAGGAACAUAUUUCUGACUUUGGGAUUUCUUGGAAUCGUCGUGAUGAUUCCAGUCAAUGUCACCAUGGGCAAUAAAGCAAUCACACAAGGACAAUCCGCCUUUACUAUCAUGACCCCUUUGUACAUCUGGGGCAAUGGACUCUGGGCCCAAGUCGUGGUAGCAUGGCUGAUUGACCUGGUCAUCAUGUAUUUCCUGUGGCACAAUUACCGACGGAUCCAUCGCUUGCGAAGAGCUUACCUGGAGAGCCCCGAGUAUCAAAAGAGCCUACACGCCCGAACACUGUUGAUUCGAGAUAUCCCUGCCAAGGCUCGGACUAAUGAGGGUCUCGCCAGGGUCCUUGACGAGAUCAAUUCCACGGGUACUCUCCCAAGGACCACAAUUGGCCGAAAUGUCAAGGUCUUGCCCGAACUAAUUGAGGAACACGAAGAAGUCGUCCGAGAACUUGAGUCAGUUCUAGCCAAGUACAUGAAGAAUCCCGAUCGGUUACCACCAAAUCGGCCACUGAUGAAGCCUUCUCGCAAGUACAAGGGCCAGACAACGGGGGGCAAGGUUGAUGCUAUUGACCAUCUAACGGAUCGCAUUCGGAGCCUGGAGAAUGACAUCAAUGACAUUCGUUUACGGGUGGACAAUCGAGACCCCAUGCCCUACGGAUUUGCCAGCUGGGAUUGCAUUUCCGAUGCUCACAAAGUUGCAUUUGCCUGUCGAGGCAAGCGCCCAGCCGGUACCAAAAUUCGUCUUGCUCCAAGGCCGAAUGAUCUCAUUUGGGACAACCUAAAGCUAUCUCGCUCAUCUCGCAAAGGCAAACGUUUUAUGAAUGCUAUUUGGAUUACCGUCUUGACUGUCCUCUGGACACCAAUCAACGCCGGUAUCGCCGUCUUCCUAUCCAAUCUUUCCAAUCUCGGCCUGGUUUGGAAACCCUUUCAGCAACAAUUACAGGCGCACAAAACCUGGUGGGCAGUGGUGCAGGGUAUUGCUGCUCCCGCCCUCACGUCUCUUGUCUACCUGGUCCUCCCUAUCAUUUUCCGGCGUCUUCAAAUCCGUGCCGGCGACAUUACAAAGACAGAUCGUGAACGACACGUCCUUCGAAAUUUGUACAGCUUCUUUGCUCUCAACAACUUGAUUGUCUUCUCCAUUUUCUCGGCAGUAUGGCAAUACGUCACAAUUGUCAUACAAUUCAAUCGUGAAGGCAGCGAUACGUGGUCAUCCUUGCGAAAGGGCAACUUUUUUCUGGUCGUCACUACUACACUGUGUCAGGUGUCGCCUUUUUGGGUCACUUGGCUCCUUCAGCGUAAUUUGGGUGCGGCCAUUGAUCUCGCCCAAUUGUGGCAGUUGACAUAUGUCUGGUUUGCACGCACUUUCAUGGCACCAACUCCACGACAAAACAUCGAGUGGACAGCACCACCGUCCUUCGACUACGCCAGUUACUAUAACUACUUCUUGUUUUAUACUACAGUGGCACUCUGUUAUUCGACUUUGCAACCAAUUGUGUUGGUUGUAACCGCAUUGUAUUUCACUAUCGAUUCCUUUAUGAAAAAGUACCUUCUUAUGUAUGUAUUUAUUACAAAGACCGAGUCGGGCGGCCAAUUCUGGGUGACAAUCUUCAACCGGAUUGUGUUUGCGGUCAUGUUGUCAAAUGUGGUUAUCGGUGUCGUCGUCAAAGCUCGUGGUGAGUGGAAAUUGGUCAUCGCCAUUGCACCUUUAUUGGUGAUAAUGGGUUUGUUCAAGUGGUACUGUAUGAAGGCCUUCGAUAUGGACCUUAAGUACUAUGCUCGUUCGGGCAUGCAGGAUACGGAGAGACUACCCACUGAUGGCAAGCCAAAUCGAGCGGAGAAGAUUUCAUCCAAGUUCGGCCACCCAGCUCUGUACAAGCCCCUGAUGACGCCAAUGGUUCACGCCAGAGCCAAGAACAUUCUCGCAGAGAUUUAUAGAGGACGGUUGCAUUCCGAAGGUGGCCAGUCAAUGGCAUUCUCCGACAUCGCGAUGCAACCCAUCCCACAGUCAGGUGCACCCGACCAAGACAUGCCAUUCGAAAUUGUGCCAGAAGCACAGCAAGACUUCUCCUACUACAAGAACCGCUCCGACUUCAAGGAAGAAGGUGGUGAUAUCUUCUCAGAUUCUCGAAGCACAACUCCCGUUUCGUUCAUGACCGGCGCCAAAGAAGGGCUGGCUAUGAGCGGCACUCCUGGUUCGUCUCGGGAAGUCAGCCCAGCCCCUCAACGCCCACUCAGCAUUGCGCGGAAAGAAUUCGAUCAAUCACUUGUUCCAGCACAGUUCAGGAGGUCGCAACCGCCAACUUCCGACCCCUAUGAUGAUCGGACAAACCUCCUGAGCAACGCUGGGGACCUUAGGUCCACAAACGGAGAAUUUAUGCCAAUAGAACAGUACCAAACCUACGCAGAAAGACCAUACAGGGACACCAGCGGGACCAAUACUCCCGCUGACGAAUUGAAUUCCGGGCAUGAUUAUUUCGGCGGACGAAGAUGA